AUGGAGCCCACAGAACCAGCUCCUGUAGGAGGGGCCCCAGACACCAGGAAGAGGCCGUUCCAGGGAGGCAGAGAACCCAAGAGACAGCGAACGAGAAAGGAGAAACCAGUGCAAGAAGGAUCCAAGGAUGAGGUGCUCAUUGCAGACGUUCGCGCCCUAUUUGCAGCUCAAAAGCUCUCCGACAGCCCGAGGACGAUGGAGCUCGAAGCUUCUUCCUUGGAAGCCACGACAGGAACCAAAGUCGAGCCGCAGGGCAAGGAUGCUGCUGCUGCCAUCGGGAACGCUGGUCUGCCCGAGCCGUUCUCAGAGACCGAAGUCGAAGUCCUCGAAAUUUCCUCGACCGGCGAUGGCCUUGCGAGGCACCCUUCGUCGGACCAAAUAUACGUCGUCCCCUUUGGUACCCCGGGCGACGUCUUGAGGGUAAAAGUCAUCAGACAUUACCAGGCCGAGCAUUAUACCCUGGCAGACUAUAUAUCAGUGGUGAAGCCAGGACCUCUUCGGGACGAUACACGGGUCAAUUGCCAAUACUUUACCAGAUGUUCCGGGUGCCAAUUCCAAAUGCUGGACUACUCCGAACAGUUGAAGCACAAGAAGACCAUCGUAGAGAAGGCUUUCAAGAACUUUUCUCAGCUACCGCCCGAAUUGGUCCCUGUCAUCGGAGACACCAUCGGCAGCCCGCUACAAUACGAGUACCGGACAAAGCUCACACCACAUUUCGACGGACCCAAGGGGUAUAUCAGCAAGAAGGACAAGAUGAGAGGUGUUCGAAACUACUUUGACGAGGUUCCAGAUAUUGGAUUUAUGCAGAAGGGCCUGAAAAGAACUCUGGACAUCGAGGACUGCCCGAUUGGAACCGAUGCUGUCAGAAUGGGAAUGAAACGAGAGAGACUAAGAGUCGCCACAGAUUUGAAGAAAUACGCCAAAGGAGCCACGAUUCUUCUGCGCGAGAGCACCAUGAGAGUGCAGAACGAUUCCGAAGAGGCAUCAAAGGAAUUGCCCGAUACAAUCAAGAAAACGACUCCAACCCAUACAGACUUCAAGUCCUGCAUAACGGAUAAUAAUGCCACAUCAACGGAAUACAUCGACAAUUUCGUCUUCAAUAGUGUUGCCGGAUCCUUCUUCCAGAACAACAACUCGAUCUUGCCAGUCUUCACACAAUAUAUUCGGGACCAUAUCAUGCCACCUCCGUCUUCUACGGGACCUCGAAUCAAGCACUUGAUUGACGCCUAUUCUGGAUCAGGACUCUUCACCAUUACUCUCUCCUCUCUCUUCACAACCUCAACUGGUAUCGAUAUCUCUGUCGCCUCUAUCGCCUCAGCACGCGAGAACGCCAAACUUAAUAAUUUGCCUCCAUCUCAGUGUUCUUUCAUCGCCGCAGAUGCGCCAGAAUUAUUCAAGUCUGUCACGUACCCCAGGGAUGAGACAGUUGUGGUACUGGACCCGCCCAGAAAGGGGUGUGAUGAAAGCUUCCUAUCUCAGCUGCUAAGCUUUGGGCCGAGGAGGGUGGUGUAUGUGAGCUGCAAUGUUCAUACCCAGGCUAGAGACGUGGGUGUGAUGGUAAGGGGAUUGGAGAACGGGGGGACGCGAUAUAGGAUUGAGUCCUUGAGAGGCUUUGACUUCUUCCCCCAGACCGGACAUGUGGAGGGAGUCUGUGUGCUGAGCAGAGUGGACGAUGAUGAAGUGAAGGUGGAAGCAUCUGAGUAA